AUGUGCUUGAAUUUGCCUGUUGGUUCAAGCGAUAUAACAGCUGAAGCAAUUGGUGCUGAACUGGAACAAGAGAUGAAACGUAUGGACGCAGCCAUCCAGAGAGCCGUGGAAAUGAUCGAAGAAAUGCAAAAGAAAAGCCGGGCAACAGACUCUGGCAUACGUUUGGAAGUGAAUGAGAAAAUUUUGGACUCGUGUAACCAGCUGAUGGCCGCAAUUGUACAAUUGGUUGCGCGAAGUCGAGCGAUGCAAGAAGAGAUCGUUGCUGCUGGCCACGGCACUGUUAAUCCAAAUGAAUUCUAUAAACGUAAUCAUCAACAAAGUGCAGACGGUGUGGUCUCCGGUCAAGGGAAACUUGAACAUUUACUUGUUGCGGCGCAGGAGGUCGCGGCCAGUACAGCACAGCUGUUCGUCUCCUCACGUGUCAAAGCAGAUCGCGAGUCAGAACGUCUGAAAGAUCUGUCGACGGCAUCGCGUUCGGUAAAUACAUGCACAGCGAAUGUCGUUGCAGCGGUGAGAAACGCUCAGAGCACGUUAAAUGAACAAAAAGACCUCGACUUCAGCCACUACUCCCUCCAUGAUACCAAGAAGCAAGAGAUGGAGAGUCAGGUACGUGUGCUAGAACUGGAAGACAAAUUAACACGUGAAAGGGCGCAUCUGGCACAGCUCCGAAAGCAGCAUUAUCAGCUGGCACAAAUUGUUGAAAACGAGGAUGGUGCUGAGCACAGCUGA